GCCCCAGCCCUUCAGUGUUCCCGGCUUGGGGGGCAGCUGCUGGACUGGUUUCCUGCGAACCCUACAGGCUGCCAGGGUGCUUCUAGGGCAUGAGUCCAGCUGGGGCCUUGUCUGUCCUCAGGGCAACCCCUCCAACUUCCUCAUCAGCACCCCCACUUCCAUCCCUUCCUUGGAGUUCAGCUGGCAGAGGAAGGUGCGAUCCUGGUGCCUCUGACCCCCUGGUGUCCUCGGGAAUGAAGGCCUUUGGGGUUCUUGUGGUCUUCGCCUCCUGCUUGAUGUCUCCUGCCCACAGCAGCUUCUGGCAGUUUCAGAGGAUGGUCAAACACAUCACAGGGCGGAGCGCCUUCUUCUCGUAUUAUGGAUAUGGCUGCUACUGUGGUCUUGGGGGCAAAGGGACCCCCAUGGAUGACACUGACAGAUGCUGCCUGGCGCAUGAUUGCUGCUACGGGAAGCUGAAGCAGCUCGGCUGCCAGCCUGUGCUGAACGGCUACCAGUUCCACAUCGCCAACGGGACCGUGGUUUAAGAGCACUGGGAUUUGCUUCAUUACUGUUAGGAGAUUUCUCUGAAGCAUCUCCUCUGCACCUGCAGCGCCUCAAGCUACUAUCAUUAACUCCUAAGGAAGAAAAGCUCUUCCCUCACCCCAGUUCCACCGGGGUUCAAAGAGCUGCCCUGCAAGGGUUAACUGUCUCCCCCACCCUCCCACCCCAGCCUCCAAGUUCUGAAAUCCUGUACCCAGAGCCUGGCCCUGGGUUGCUUAGCAACCUGCAGCUGAUCCGGGAUGCAGUUGGUGAGCAGGGAAGGGAAAGGGAAAAACAACUUGGCCUGUCCAUGUCUUUAAAUGUCACUGGGAGAUCUUUGCAGAGAAAGGCCUGUAACCCAAGCCCUGGGGCUAAUUUGCCAGGUGGGGACGGCUGCCCUCGAGCAACCAGGGAGGUUGUUAUCCCUCCUUUGGGUGGUCUUACGUAAGUACUUGGCAUUUGCAGGGGACUUUAAGAUUAGCCAGCAGAGAUACCCCCCCACCUCCACCCACAUAUGCACGUGUGCAUUAGUGCAGGGGCCAUGGGAGGCAGAGACUAGGUUCCAGCCAAUAGUGCCACUUACACCUCCAUGUCUGAACCUCGGACUUCUCCCUCUGCCAACGAGGGAAGGUGAACAAUGGUAACCACUGGAAUUUGCAGUUUGCAAAGACCUUUCUCCUUCAUUACUGAAUGUAUUCCUUCACAACACCUCCACUCGCUGACACAUCACCCUUUUCUCUCCUAGCAUUUGUGUCUACCUGAAAUUACCUUGCUUAUUUAUGCAGCCACUCUCCCACCAAGCAGAAUAUGAGUUCUGGAGGGCAAGGAACAAGCCUGUCUUAGGGGCUUGGGGGCGGGGGCAGACUCAUCCUCAUUAGAACCCACAGAGAAGGAUGCCCUGGGAGCUAUUGCAAUGUGGGGCCUGCUUGCAGGAGGACCUGUACCUCCAGUUAUUAGCCAAAGGCCUGGCACAUGUUAAGAACACUGUACCUGUUUGAUGAAUGAAUGAAUGAACAACUCAUGAAAUAGUUAAUGCAAGUGUCUGUUUCCCGAUUUGAGAGCUGAGGCAACAGGCUUGGGGAUGAACAACUUGCCUGAGAUUCUAAAGCACGCAGAUGGUGGGUCUGGAUGGAGAAGCUGGCUUCCCAGGUUUCCUAGGAUGGGGAUCCUUUCGCUGCCCCAAAGACAGUGAGCGUCCAGCCCCGUGAGGCAGUAGCACUUAGUGAUGGGCUGCUCACUGCGUGUUUAGGGCUGAAGAUGUGCGUUGAGAAGACAAACUCCCUGCCCAGAAGGAGCUUGCAGGGGGAGGGGAUCAGGUCCCAAAAUACUCAGAAAUAAAGUGCACUCAGGUGUGGAUCAGUGCUGCGACAAGACGACAGGAUAUGGAAUGACAGCGGCAGGGAGAGGGAGGGAUGGCUACUUCAGGUGGCCGCAGAGGCCCUCACAAGGAAGUGGCAUUUAGCCAGCGUGGCAGGAGCCGAGGCGAUGGCAGCAGGACGGUGGAGGCUGGUGUGGCGCAGGGACCCGGGGCCACUGGAUGGGUGGACAGGGGAGGAGCGCACCCUCUCCUUCAGUAGUAGGGGAAGCCACCAGAGCGUUUGAAGCAGGAUGUGCUCUAAUGUUGCUUUAGAAAGAUCACUCUGGCCACUGCCCAUGGAGGAUGGGGAGCAAGGGAAGAAAGAUGGGGAGCCACUAGUGAGCACUGGGGAGAUGCUUCCACAGGGUGGUGGACUGGAGGAGAGAAGUGCCAGAUGCUGGGUGUUUUGGAGGUAAAUUGUCAGGAGCUGCUGAUGGAUGAGUUGCAGGGUGGGAAGGAAAAAGAGACAGGAUCCAAGGUUCCCGGCCCAAACAGCCAUGGGUAAGAAGUUGACCAAGCUUGUGCAGAUGGAGAAGAACGGGCUAUGGAGACAUGGCAAGCACUCGGCAUGAGCCUUCUUGAGUUCGAGAUGCUUUUUUGAUGCCUGACGGGGAAGUCAAGUGGACACGCACAUGUUGGAGUCUAAAGCUCGGGGGGAGACACCUGGCUGGGACGAGAACCCGAGAGUCAUGGGCAUUCAGAUGGCAUUCAGAGCCCUGAGACCGAACCAGAGGCCCAGGGAGGGGAUUUAGAGAGAGGGUGGAGGCCUGGGGCACAGGCAGGCAGAGGCCUGGCAGGACCAGAGUUCGCUGUGGGCAGGAAGGUAGAGCAUCCUGCCUCCUCCUGGUUGUGGAAGUCUACUUCGUGGACUGAAAGAGAUGGUCCUGAAGCCAUCAGUUCCCUUCCUCAUGUCUCAGUUUCUCCACCAGCAAAUUGAAAGACAUAGGAACUGGAUUCAGACUUGUUUUUAAAAGAUGGCUUGCAAAGAGGACAUUUCUUGGCCUGGGGCUGCCUCUCCUUCUAGGUCUUGACAGGCCUAGUCUGGCCAUGGCUGUGGGAUGCCCCAGAAAUGAUUGUCCACAGCCAUUGACCCCUGCUCAAGAUCAGUUUCUGGGGGUCUGGGCCCCAGGCGAGGCAUUAGAGGUCACACUGCACAACAGGAGAGGGUCAUACUCCAGGCGUCAGAAAGGACCAGCUAAAGCAAGAAAUGGACAGCGAAGAGAAAGGACAAAGGACAAGUGAGAUGGAAGAACGGAAGAGAGGAACAGAGGACCGAGGUAACCAGAAAGAGGACAAAGAAGAGGAAGUGGCCAAGGCAGAGUGGCAGUACCUGGGUGAGUGACAGCACAGGGACACCAGGCCCUUUCUGGAGGAGAGUGUGGUUGAAGGGGCGGUGCCCUGCACCCAAGUAGCCCCCUGAGAACACCAGCCAUGAGUCCAAGUGGGCCCCUGUAGACCACAGCAGCCACCCCAGAGGGAAGCAAGGGGUGUGCUGGGUACGGCGGUGGCAGUGGUGACGAGAGGCCUGGAAGGGACAGGGGCUUGAGAGAGGCUCCUGGAGGAGCUGGGGCUUGAUGGAUCCUGGAGGAUCUUCACAGAUGGAAAGAGGGAGGACAAAGGUGAGCCAGGUAUCAGGAACAGUGGGAAUGACAGGAGCAGAGAGCCAGGGGCAGGAGCAUCCCUGGCACAUUUCAUGAGGGUGCAUGGAGGGCACAGCUGAAGCAUAGGGGGUGGGUGUCGAUGUGCCUUGAGAAACUGAGUCUCCAGAGAGAUGUGGGAGGACAGCUUGCUGCCAGAAUCGGACUUCAGAGGGAGAAAAGCAAACAAACAGGACAGCCAGCACUGGGGCCAACCUCAAAGGGCCCCUCUCCUUCCCAGAUGCUUCACCAUCACCGUCACCAAAAGCCCUUACGGAGCACUCUGGGCGAGCCUGCCACGUCCAAACCACUCCCUCUGUAAACAGCAGCGAAAAUCCUCCCAACGAUCCUGCCCAGUAGACAUCAUUAUUUAUUUUUGACACUAAUAUUUUUAUCAUCAUUUUGUAAAUAUGGAUACUGAGGCUAACUUGCCCAUGGUCAACAAACUGGGGAGUCUGGCUGCCUCCCUUCCUCACCCUCAACCCUCAGAGGAGAGUGGAACACACCCACACACACCCACACACACACACACUCUCUCUCUCUCUCUCUCUCUCUCUCUCUCUCUCUCUCUCAGCACUACAGUUCUGACAACUAAAUAAAAGAUCUCCAUCUAGUGGUGACUUGGCCUAAGGACAGACACUCAAUCCCAAAGGCCCAUAGAGAGAGGCUACAUUCGUCAGGGACCCUCAGUUGAGCACCUACCAUGCACCAGCAUUUGUUCUGCACACUGGGGAUGCCGUGCAGACAAGACAGGCAAAGCGCCGGCCUCACAGAGCUCACACUCCACUGAGGGAAGACGGACACAUGCAAGCCGACCCAUAAGAGGCGUACGGGUUGUGCAAGGCACAGGGAAUGAAAUAACCGGGAUGUGCGGAAGAGUGGCUGGAGGGAGCCCUAGAUCAGGGGUCCGGGAGGGCUCUCUGAGGAGGGGAAAUCUGACCGAGACCCAAAGAAGAUAAUGGAUCCAAGUCACUUGAAGAUCCUGGAGGGAAGUGUUUUAGACAGAACGGUGAGAGCAAAGGCCCCGGGACAAGACCAAAGCAGGCAUGUGAUAGGCCAGCGUGCCUGGAGCAGAGCGAAGGACAGUGGGGAUGGAGAGGUUGGCGGGGGCCGGAUCACGCCUGGCGAGGAUGUGGAUGUCUUCCCCCAACACUGGGAAACUGCACUGGGGCUUAGGCAGGAGAGAGGACCCCAUCCAGGUGACAGUUUAGGAAGGCCCCUGUGCGUUUCCUCCUGUUAGAGAGGACAGCUGGAGGGGACAGGGAUUGGGGGUAGCGGCCAAGAAGGUGGAGGGAAGGGGGUGGAGCCGGAAGUAUUUUAAACAGAGGCAUCAGUGGCGCUUGCUGUGGACUGGAUGUGCAAAGUGGAUGGAUGUGCAAAGUGGAAGGCGGGGAGGAACCCAGGCUGCUGCUCACUUUCUGGCUCGAGUAGGAGGUGGUGCGGUUUGCGAGCCGGGAGCGUGGGUGAAGGACAGGCCGGUGGGUGGAGGGAGCGCUGCAUCAAGUGUUCCCUCUGAACGCCUGAAGUUGGAGAUGCCGGACACGUCCACGCGAGAUGUCAAGCAAGCAGCUGGAACUGUGAGGUUAGCUCUGAGAAGUGGGUCCCGUCUUGUUGACCUGCAGGCCGGCUCAGGGCACCCCUCCCCAUUGCAGCCCAGCCACCCCACCCCUGCUCCCUCUCCCGUUUCCUCCCUGCUUCUCUUCACUCUAGUCCUGUGGCAUGUCCAGGUGUGACUGGGGACACAGGAGAUGGACUCCCAAAUUCCUCCCUCUCUGUUCAAUCCUUGACCCCCUUGCAGCAAGCCCCUGUUUUCCCUGACCUUAGAACCAAGCGGAGCCCCUAGUGACCCUUCUCUCU